AUGUUAGCCGGUGUUGAAGGUGUAAUAGUUUACAUUGAUGACAUAGUAGUUGCCGGACAAACCAGACAACAACACGAUGCCAGACUUGAAGAAGUUCUUUCGAUCCUUCGUGAUAAUAACGCGUCAUUGAAUAAAGAAAAAUGCAUGUUUGGUGUAGAGCAACUCGAAAUAUUGGGGUAUAAUGUCAGUGCAGCCGGCAUAAGUCCUUCAGAAGAAAAGAUUUCUGCCAUUCGGAAUUUCAGACAGCCAGAAACUAGAGAGGAGGUCCGAAGUUUCUUAGGCCUCAUAAACUUCGUGGGUCAGUUUAUUCCUGAUCUAUCAACGAGGACGGAACCAUUGCGUCGAUUCAUGAGAGGGGACGUAGAAACAUUUGGUGAGGACCAAGUAAGGGCUUUUGACGAACUCCGCAAUGAGCUGUCUGGUACUGUUCGGAGGCUGGGCUUCUUUGAUGCAAAGGAUACAACUGAGUUGUACGUCGAUGCGUCACCUGUGGGGCUAGGCGCGGUGCUUUCCCAAAGAGAUAAGUUCGGAACACCUCGAAUCAUUAGUUUCGCCUCGAAGGGUUUAACGAAGGCAGAGCGAGUUUAUCCUCAAACGCAACGCGAAGCCCUUGCAGUUGUCUGGGGCGUUGAAAAAUUUUACCCAUACUUAUUUGGUAUAGAAUUCACGGUCUUCACCGAUCACAAGACUCUCGAAUACAUUUAUGGGGGCAAACACCGCGAUGGAAAGCGUGCUUGUUCUAGAGCAGAAGGCUGGGCACUACGUUUGCAGCCCUAUAACUUCCGCAUAGAAUACAUUCCAGGUUCGAAUAACAUCUCAGAUAUACUUUCACGGCUCUGUCCUCAGUCUGAAUUCGAGAAACCAUUCGAUGACGAAUCUGAGCACUACCUCUGUGCUAUUGAAGACUCAUUAGCAGCCAUCACUCUAGAGGAAAUACGUACUGAGACUGCCAAUGACGAAACCUUGAGUGCUGUCAUCAAAGCAAUCCACAACCAAAAAUGGCCUUCAAGUCUUUUUCGUUAUGAAACUUUUUCAAAGGAACUCGGUGUUAUUCAUGGAAUUGUUGUUAGAGAUGACCGAAUUGUACUUCCACCUAAACUACGAUCUAGAGCCCUGGAUAUCGCGCACCGAGGACACCCGGGAGUCGUAAGUAUGCGAAGGAACCUUCGUGAAAAAGUUUGGUGGCCUUACAUGGAUCGUGAUGUUGGCGAUCGUAUCCAAGAAUGCGGUGGAUGCGCAGCAGUAAGCCUCCAAAGUCCUGCAGAACCAAUGCUUCGGAAAGAGAUGCCUGAACGCGCCUGGCAAGAGAUCGCAGUUGACUUCUUUUCAGCAAAGGAAUGCGCGACAUUCCUUGUGGUAGUCGAUUACUACAGCCGUUAUAUAAAGGUAAUCGAAAUGAAGGGUACCACAGCCUCUAAAACCAUCGAAGCCCUGGAGUCGGUGUUUCAGGAGCAGACAUACCCCGAAACUCUCCGGAGCGAUAACGGGCCACCAUUCUCAAGCGAAGAGUUCUCCAGUUAUUGCACUCAAAGGAAUAUUCGGUUGGUCCGCACGAUACCAUACUGGCCGCAAAUGAAUGGGCUCGUGGAAAGACAAAAUCAGGGGAUUUUGAGGGCACUGAAAAUUGCAAAGGCAGUAAAAGCAGAUUGGCGUGAUGCUGUUAAAGACUAUGUGCACAUGUAUAACACCACACCUCACUCGAUGACUGGUAAGGCUCCACUAGAACUACUCACUGGGAGGCCGGUGAAAGAUCUUUUGCCAUCUCUACGUACUGAACCGUAUUGGAAUCGGGAUGACGGUGUUCGGGACGACGACGCUAUUAAAAAAAUGAAAGGGAAGAUUUAUGCUGAUAAUCGCAGACAUUCCAAACCGUCCAAUAUUGUAGAAGGUGAUACAGUCAUUUUGAAGAAUUAUGAAACCGGAAAGUUAGAACCCAAUUUCCGACUGGAAGAGUUCAUGGUUAUAAAGAAGAAUGGCAACGAUACGAUUGUGGCAAAUAGAGAAGGAGUAAGAUAUAGACGUCCCGUUUCUCACUUAAGGAAAUGGCAUAAUACUCCUAAGGAAAACGGCCAAACUUCAUCUGAGGGUGGAGCAGGUAAAGAACGUUUAAAAAGAUCAGAACCUGAGAAAUCAGAACAUCAACAAUCACCAAAGCGUCCGAAACGUUCACGAAGAAUGCCAGCUAAAUAUAUCUCAUAG